GUUUUUGGACAAUGAGACAGAAACUCAAACAAAUGUUACUUUAAAUAUGUUUUAUACUGUUCACAUUUCAAACAUGCACAAUCUGGUGUUCGUGUACAACUACAGUUUUUGCAGGGACUCCAGAUGGACAUUUUGAGGGUUAGGUGUUAAAGGGUCAAGUUUAAACUGUCGGGCUCCAUCGCAGGGCUCUAACUGGCACCAGCAGCCCCGCGACCCUCAGUACCUGCAGUACCAUUACAGCCCACUAGUGUGCUGUGGCCCACACUGUGGGAAUCACCGCACUACUGUAGACCUUUAAUGUGUCCAUGAACACUUGUAGCUUCAUACCGAAAUGAUAUGAAAUCAACAUUCAAGUAUUUUGACUUAAACAAAAGGCAGCUUAGUUCCAGUAUCUACCAGCAGGGGGCUGUAUGAGCGAGGCUAUGUGUGUGUGUGUGCGCUGUGGUAACAACUUCACCUAUGUUUCAACCGUCCCGCCCCCAUCCCCCAUUACCACACACUGACUGACUCACUGACACAGAGCAGAGGAAAUGAGCUGACACUUGACAGCAGCUCGUCCACAGCUACCGUGCAUCACUUCACAGGUUUCCUGUGUGAACAAGUGACUGAAUUCAUCUUAAACGUAGAGAAAAGGAAAAAGACGAAGGAGGAGCAGCAGCAGAGACAUUAUGGGAGCAUCUUCCUCAGGCUUGUUGGAUGAGGCCAAAAUCAGCCACAUUAAAGGACUUGUUGACAGUAAGUUCCAGAGCUUCAGUGACUUUUACCGUCAGCAGUAUGGCCCGGCCUACUUUGGACACUUACACCAGGAGGUGGAGCCUAAGAAAGAGGGGUGUGGCCUAUUGCUCACACAACGGCCUCGGUACAAUGCAGACGAGGUGCUGUAUCAAGGUAAUGUCAGAUUCUCCUGCUGGUACGAGCAUGGCAAGAAAUGCAGGGAGAGGUACGUCGUCCUGAGGCGAGACUACAGCGUGGAGAUCCAUGACAACGUGGAGUCUUUCAACCACAAAAGUGCUGCUAAGUUGGUUCUUCAGCCUGCAGGGGGCAGUGUGCUGAUCACAGGAGAGGAGUCAAGAACUCACCUAGAGCAAAUUUGUGCCGGCAUACUUAACGGAGCGAAGGACGAGUCGUCUUCUUCGGUGGUGUCAUCUCCAGAAGUGCCGGCUGUGUAUCUGCACCUGCCGUACGCUGGCUACACCUGCUUUCUCUUCCAACAGGAAGAGGAACGAGAUCAUUUCCUGUCUGCGAUCAAGUCCUGCAUCAGACACUGCAACCUCGAUCCGUGGUGUGAGUCGACCUAUGAGAGCCAGGCUUACAUCAGAGCGCUGCGGCUCUACCGACAGGCCAACGGCUGCUAUGAAUCCUGGGAAAUGUUGCUGGGCACCGAGGAACAGGUUCUGGCCUCCCAGGUGAUGGAGGAGGUGUUGCCAUGGUUACAGAGUCAGCUUCAGUCCAGAGUGAAGGGCAAGAAGGGUGAAAGGAUGCGGCAGUGGCUGGCGACAGUGCAUGCCACCUACACAAUGGUGCUCGCACAGCUAACGGCGAGUUUGGACGCUCUGAAGGAGAAGUGUCGUCAGACCGCACUAGCCGAUCAGACGCUCAUCAGGUCCAACCUGGACCAGAUUGUGUCCUCGCUGUCCUUCCUGGAGGAGAAAGUCAGAGUGUGUAUUUGUGAUGAAGCAGAGGGAUUGUACAGCGAGUCUGUGGCGCCAUACUUGUCCUCCAUCUUUGAAGUCCUGGCAGAGAACAUAAGUGCAGGCAUUCAGGGGAUGCAGCACACCCUGCACACGCAGAUGGACUCGGUCUUCACACACGCAAAAGGGACAGAGGAGACAAACAAGGUCUUGCUCACGCUGCGCUCCAUCAGUCUGGAGCCGUGCUACAGGCAGGUGAAGAACCUGACAGAGAUACUCGGGGACUUGCAGCAGAGAUUUGGACUGAGCAGCACCCAGAGACUGGUUCACUCUGCACAUCUGGAGAUGGAGCAGCUGGCAGACAGUGCUGUGUACACCUUGGAGUUGUUCCUUAAAUCAUCAGCCAAACUGCAGUCUUCUCAAGUUCUUGUCAAGAUGAAGAGAGCUAAAGACAGAGUACUCAAGCAGCUGGACUAUGAUAGCAGACUUGUCCAGAGGAGGCUCUACCAGGAGGCUCUGCUGGAAAUCACUCUGCCUGUUCUUGCCAGGAGGAUGGACAGCAGGUGGAAAAAUGAGCUGCAGCAGUUGGAGCAGUACAUUUUCUCUGACUACAGCAGCUUCAUCCUUAUUCAUAACGUCUAUGAUGAUGUACUGAGGAACAUCCUGAGUGCACAGAUAGAAACAGUCAUCCACGACGGUGCGAAUAAGAAGAGCAACAAUCGCCUGUUGGACAUUUCUGAUUUGGCCAUUAGUGAGUACAGUCUGUUGGGACAGUCGCCUCCAUGCUCUGCACCAGACAGUCCAGCCAAUCAUGGUCGAAAUGUGCCCACAGCCAUGGACAGCGAAAAACAACAAUCUGCUCCUGAGAUGGAGGGGUGGCCUCAGACGGUCACAGCUCACCCUCAGACUGACCCAGAACUUCAAUCCGAAGACAAAUCUGUCCCCAGUUCCACUCAAGGUUCUGACCAGAACAGGGCACCAUUGUCUCCCACGAUUGUAACACAAGAGUUUGAGGAACCUGCUCAGACUGACACAGAACUUCACUCCGAAGACAAAUCUGACCACAGCAGCACUCAAGGUAUUGACCAGAACACAGCACCAUUGUCUAAAGUGAUUGUUGUGACACAAGAGUUUGAUGAACCUGCUCAGACUGACCCAGAACUUCAAUCUGAAGACAAAUCUGACCCCAGCAGCACUCAAGGUUCUGUCCAGAACAUAGUGCCUUUGUGUUCCGCGAUUGUCGUGACACAAGACUUUGAUAAACCUGCUCAAAUUAACCCAGAACUUCACUCUGAAGACAAAUCUGACCCCAGCACCACUCAAGGUGUUGUCCAGAAUAUGGUGCCUUUAUCUAAUGUGAUUGUCGUGACACAAGAGUUUGAGGAACCUGCUCAGACUGGCCCAGAACUUCACUCUGAAGACAAAUCUGACCCCAGUACCACUCAAGGUGCUGUCCAGAACACAGCACCUUUGUCUCCUGUGAUUGUCGUGACACAAGAGUUUGAUGAUCUUGCUCAGACUGGCCCAGAACUUCACUCUGAAGACAAAUCUGACCCCAGUACCACUCAAGGUGCUGUCCAGAACACAGCACCUUUGUCUCCUGUGAUUGUCGUGACACAAGAGUUUGAUGAUCUUGCUCAGACUGGCCCAGAACUUCACUCUGAAGACAAAUCUGACCCCAGCACCACUCAAGGUGCUGACCAGAACACGGCACCUUUGUGUCCCGCGAUCGUUGUGACACAAGAGUUUGAUGAAUUUGCAAAUGAGGAGGCUUCUCCCUCAAAGGAACCUAAUAAUGACGUUCAGCCUCGAAGUGACACACCAUCGAUGACUGACUCGAGCACAGCUGACUCUGAAACACCUGACCUAUCUGCUAUCCCAGAAUCCACCAAUCAUAUCCUACAUUCUCCCUCAUCUUCAGUGUGCUCUCUGCCCUCAUCGCAAUCCAGCGAUCAACAUGCAAAUUUGGACCAAACAUCAGAGGAGGACGCCGCUUCUGUCCAGCCCUUCUGUCCCUCACCACCAUCUGACACAGACAGUAUGACGAAAAUGGGCCUGGAGUCAGUCAGCGAGAAGAUCAGUUGCGACACCACGGCAACGCAGAUGAUGGCACAAAGGAUGACUGACAGAGCUGUCUACCUAACGGGACAAAUUAGGAACAGCUGGGAAGCGGAGAGGGUAAAAGAGGAGACGCAGAAAGAGACAGAAGCAGAGGACGCGGCUGGCAGGAGAGUAGCUUAUCAAGAGAAAGAUAGUGAGGCUGAGAAAACAACAGAUGAUGUGGGAGGAGCAGAGGAGCAGAAAGAAGAGCCCAUGGGAAAAGCACAGGAAGAGGAAGAGGAAGUAGAAGAACAGCUUGUACAAAAUCCACAGCUGAUGGAAUCCCAGUCAGAAAGUUCUGCUGAGUUGCCACUGGAUAGCGUGGCGAUGAUCAGAGAUCUCGUGACGGAGAUCACUGAGGUGGAGAUAAUAGUGAGGCCUUGUCCCGACAGCAGCAACACACAAUGACAGUCACAUGACUUGCAAGACACAUGAAAAUACUCUUACUGAUGGGACAGUGAAGAGAGAGAGGGAAAGUAAUCUGUUCAUAUUAUCACAUUUUAUAUACUACACUCUAAAGUUUAUAUAUACUAAAGUUUUUUUUAAUCUGUACCAAACCUUUUCCUUCAACUGCUUUCAUUUGCUUUGUUUCUCUUUUCAGCUCACACCAAACGAUACACUGUAAUUAGUUGUUUUUGUUUCAUUUUUUAGACAAUAGUGAGUUUCCUUUGCCAUUGUUAUACAGUGUAAUAUGUAACAUUUCUGCAUUAAAAUAUUAAAAACAGCAUGUUUAUUAGUGUACUUAAGUUCAUCUCCAACACUCUUUAAAUUGAUAAAAAUCACUAUUUCUAUUGAAGGUG